AUGGAAUUCACUGCUAUUCGUUAUUUGAUGCUGGUACUAUUCAGGCCAGCUCCAUCUAACUCUAGCAUUUGUGUCGAUCAAUUCUUGCUGUCUUGUUCUGAACUAGUUCAGUGCGAAGUCUCAAACAACAAUUGUAAUGAACCUGAACAUGUAUGUGUUAAUCAUUAUCGAUGUCAUAGUUUUCCUAUUUGUUAUCCGGUACCGAGUUUCAAUGAACAACUCUGUCCGUCGACAAGUAAGAGUACAACGGAGUCAGCUACAUCAAGAAAGAACACUUUAGGUACAAGUACAACGGCAAGUACAGCUACAACAACCAGUGCAAGUGCAACUUCAACGACAACUCAACAGCGAAUUACUCUACUACAUGGCAGUUCAACAGAUAUUCAUCCAAAUGCAACAUGGAAACAGAACGGUCUCACUGUGGCUGGAGGAAAUGGACAAGGCAAUAGAACCAAUCAACUAUCGAGCCCAUGGGGUUUGUAUGUUGAUGACGAUCAAACUGUCUAUAUCGCUGAUCAGCAAAAUCGACGUAUUGUGGAAUGGAAAUUGGGUGCGACGAAUGGCCAAGUCGUUGCCGGUGGAAAUGGACACGGAAGUGGGGCUCAUCAAUUGUCUCAACCAUUAAAUGUGAUUGUUGACAAAGAGGGAAAUAGUCUCAUCAUCUGCGAUAGCUCAAAUGCAAGAGUAGUUCGAUGGCCUCGUCGAAAUGGGAUAAGUGGAGAAACAAUUAUCUCGAAUAUCAAUAGUGUGGGUUUGACUAUGGACGAGAAUGAAUCUCUCUAUGUCGUUGACAACAGCAAAAAUCAAGUGAGACGAUAUCAAAGAGGAGAAUCUCAAGGAACAGUGGUUGCAGGUGGUAAUGGAGGUGGAAAUCGUCUCGAUCAACUCUCUAACCCACACUACGUAUUCGUCGAUCGAGAUCAUUCAGUGUAUGUGUCUGAACGGGGCAAUCAUCGUGUGAUAAAAUGGAUGGAAGGUGCAAAACAAGGCAUUGUCGUGGCUGGUGGCCACGGACAAGGAAAUAAUCUUAUGCAAUUGUCAGACCCUCAAGGAGUUAUCGUCGAUCAAUUGGGUACUGUCACUGUGGCUGAUGCAGGGAAUCAUCGAAUCAUGCGUUGGUUGAAAGGAGCCACACAGGGAAGUGUCAUUGUAGGUGGAAAAGAUCGAGGAGAACAAUCGAGUCAACUCAAUGGGCCCUCUGGUUUAUCAUUCGAUCAACACGGUAAUCUCUAUGUCGUUGAUUGCUAUAAUCAUCGAGUACAAAAGUUCAAUAUCGAAUUCAAUGGAUAA